AUGACAAGAAGGUCCAAUCCAAACAACUCAAUUGAAGAAGAUCGUGACAUUGACCAACUUGAAAGGACACUUAGGCGACUAAGUAGAGAAAGAAUGAAUCAAGGCGGAGAAGCCAUACCAAAUAGGCAGCAGCAGCCGCCUGACCAAGAGAGGAGAGCCAAUGACCCUCCUAUACAACCAGAAGUUGGAGCUGAUCAGCCAGCACCAGCCGGAGCAGUGCCUCAACCCGAUCCGAACGCUCCCGGUGUAGCCGAGCAGCCGCAGCCGCCUCCUAACCAACCACAAUCGCCUCCGGUGUUCCAAAACAAUGGACUCCUGAUGUUGAGUCAGGUUUUACCAAACUCUUAG